GUUCUUUCAUUUCUUAUUUUGCAAUAUGGAUAAUAAUGCAAAUGACUUGGAGCCUGAAAAACCAUCAGAAGAGCAACAAAUACAAAGCCAUAAUAACAGCCCAGAAAAUGCUAGAGAAGAAGAUGAUAACGUUACUCCUAUCGAGACUAAUGCAAUAUCACCACCAAGGCCUGUUCUUGAAACUGGAGCGUCUUCUACCCAUGGUUCAAGGAAGAGAAGAGGAAGAAACAACGAUCCGGGUGCAUCAUUAAGCAUGGAUGGCGAUAACGAGGAGCGUGGUGAUAACCGGAGAAGGAGAAAGACAGUUAACGCCGGAGUACCAGCGGUUUGUGCAGUUUGUAGUAGGAGGUUCCCAUCUUUUUACUCCUUGUUUGGGCACUUGCGGUCACAUACUAAGAGAGACUGGGGUGGCGCAUUUCCUCCACCGGUGUAUAAUCCGGACUGGGGCAGUAAAGGCGAUGGUGAGGACGACAAUGAUAAGCCGGAGCAACAAUCAAUUGCAGAAACACAGAAAGUUAUGGAACAUGAAGUAAUACCAGCGCUUCUUGAUGUUGCUAAAGAAACCCUAGCAAAAAUGAAACAACAAGAAGAAGAACGAAUUGCAGAGUUAAAUGUUGGUUCAAGCAGGGAAUCAGAACUUGAUCUCAAUGUUCAACCACAAGAAGAUCAAGAAAAUACUGAAAUUAAUACUACCGGACUCGAUCUUAAUCUCCCACCAAAAGAAGAAGAAGAUGAAGAUGCACCUUCUUUUUCUUAA